AUGGCGGAUGUGGAAAAAAGUUUCAACCUUCAAAUCUCUCCAAAAGAAGUCACACGAGAAAGUAACAACAAUGAACAAACUCCUCUGUCCCAUCCGUCCAUCUGGUUACUGCUUGCGGUUUCGAUGCCACGGAUGGCUAUCAACAUGGCCUGGUCAGCUCAAUGGGCUGCACUUGGACCCUACUUGUCGACGAUGUUACCAAAUUUUGCCGUCCAAAUCACACAAUUCGUUGGUCCCAUUGUCGGUGUGUUGGUGGGUCCCAGCAUCGGUGUCCUCAGCGAUCGCAGCACUGCAAGGUUUGGUCGACGUCGACCAUUCUUAAUCGUUGCGGGAUUUUUUAGUAUAAUUUGCUGGAUUGCCAUGAGCUACACGCGAGAAAUGGGUGAAGCUCUUGGCGACCAUGGUGAUGGCACGGACGGUCAGCCAAUUGACCGCACGUGGACAUCGAUCCUCACUGUCUUCUUCUACUUGUGGAUGGACAUCACCGUCAACGUCGUCCAAACACCGGCCAUGCUGAUUGUCGCGGACUUUGCUGGAGAUCGUCAGACAACAGGUGCUGCUCUUGGCCAGGCAUGGUCAACUUUCGGUUCGAUUCUCGUCGCCGUCUACAUCGAACUAUUUGGAGCUGCCCACAAGACUCUGCACGCAUUCAUGUGGAUGCUGUCAGGUGCCAUGUUCAUUUGUGUCACCGUCGCUGUCGUGUUUGCAAAAGAGACUCCAUUGGAUCCGAGCAAAGUUGACGCUGUAUCGACGUGGAAGCGCAUCGGCCACGCCUUCGCUUCCGUAUACCGAGGCAUUCACACACUUCCUCGUGUGCUUUCCAUUUAUGGUAUCGGUUUCUUCUUCGUCCAGUAUGGAUUCACGGCGUACAAUGGUAACAAGGGUCAGUUUUUCGGUUUCGAGGUGUACGGCGGAUCCGCUGAAAACGCUGAUAGCUGCGAUCCGUGUACUCGCGAGCAGGAUGCAUACAACCACGGCGUCAGCAUCGCCGGUGGCCGCGCUGAUCUAAUUUUCAAUAUCGUCGGCUACAUCUACUCUUGGACACUGCCGUUCUUAGUGCAUAAGUUUGGUGUGAAGUGGAUGUUGACUAUUUCGACGGUUCCGCAGACAUUGCUCAUAGUCAUGGCAUGGACGAGCGAUGUGACCUUUAAUGUCUUUGUUGUUGCCAUCACUAGCAUCACACAGACCGUGUGGUUUGCUCUAAUUGUGCCAGUGAUCAUUCACGUUUUUGGUGAAAACGAGGAAAUCGGCAUCUACGUCGGAGCUCUGAACUCGGCGAACUGCUUCGGUCAACUUUUGAACUUUGCUCUUGGUUCGGUCCUUGUUGAAACAUCUCUAGGCUAUAAACUUCCCGUCUUUCUUGGUGGUAUUAUGAGCGCUCUGGCCUUUUUUACGGCUUUGUUCUUUUUCAAGAUGAAAAUGUACUCCAUGUAA